AUGACUAGCACAAUACGAACCCCACCAGAAACUCCAACGAGUGCCAUCAAUAAUAAUUAUUAUAAUUAUCGUUAUAAUACUAAUAAUAAUAAUAAUAAUAACAAUAAUAAUAAUAAUAAUAAUAAUAAUAAUAAUAAUAAUAAUAAUAAUAAUAAUAAUAAUAAUAAUAAUAAUAACGGGGUUGUUUCCCAUUAUUUAUUGGUAAAGCAAUUGGAUAACCCUUCUAAUACUUUACCAUGUCAUGGUCAAAUACCAUCAGCCCAGUUUCUUCUAAAACAACAACAACAACAACAACAACAACAACAACAAUUAUCUAAUAACAUUCCAUUUUCUCAAUCUUCGAUCAACAACAAUGGUGUACCGGACUACUAUCGUCUCCGAAAUAAAAUAUAUACUCAAAAUGCUAUUACUAGCACUCACAAUAAAAAUAUGAUUUCUUACCCUAAGGAUAAUUUUUUUUGCUAUGGCAACCAUGCCAACAAUAAUAUUACUAUUGGUACUCCUUGGAGAACUACAGCGGCUGUUUUUCCAAGCACUCCCGUUGCCAACAUUACAGAUCCUAGUAAUCCUGAGUACCUUGGUGCUUUCCUAGAAUCACAAAAUCCCCACAUUCAGCAAAUGGAUUCAGUGCAGCUUGCCUAUUCACCAGUAAACGGUCAUGGUACCAAAAUUGUCUCUGAUAAUGAAAAUUGUUAUCAGCGACAAUACUAUCCUAACUGCCUACAAAAACCAAUAAAUGUUAUUACUAACACUUUAGAUGAAAAAGUUCUACAAAACACCACCAUCAAGCCUUCAUCGCUGUCUAGCAUACAAGUUAAUAGUACUUUACCCUUAUUAGCUAAUACCUAUAAAAGUAACGCUGGUGUUCCUGUUUCUCUUCUUACCGCUCCCACUGGUGGGACAAAUAAUAACACUGUUCCCAGUACUAUCCCUGGUAUAAAUCAGACUUUCUUAGGUAUAAUUAAAGACAAUAACGGUAGUCUCAAUGACCCAAAUUACAGUUUUAUAAUCAAAAAUAUUUUAUUUCCAUCAUCACCAACUUCAUCACACGAAAAAGCUUCUGCUAGCUCUAUAGUUACUAGGAAAUAUAGAGAGCAAAAUAAGUCAAGUAUAGAAACAGACUUUAUGAGUUUAAAACGGAAAACUAAAAUAACUAAAAGUCAAAAAAAUAAUAAAUACGUGAAAAAACAAGAACAACAAGAAGAUCAAUCGUUACAAACAUGGAAUUGUAAAGUUUGUGAUAAAUGUUUUGUUAGGUAUUCAUGGUUGAAAAGGCAUGAACUAUCCCAUGCAUCUGACAAGAAGUUCCAUUGUGUGUAUUGUAACUCCAAACACAAAAGAAAAGAUAAUCUAUUGCAACAUUUAAGAAUUAAGCACCCCGGUGAGUUAUUGUCUGAGAUCGAAAAUCAAAUGAUUUUGGAAAAAUGCUCCUCAGUGGAGAUAUUGAAUUUUAAAGCUGCUUCAAAAAAUCUAUUGGCUAUUGCUUCUUCUAAUACUAAGAUUGAUACUAAUCCUUCAUUGGUCAAUAAUAAAGAAAAUGUUAUUAGAAUAUUAGUUGCCAAUGGUCUCUUGAAAAAAGAUUUUUUGAGAAAGGUUUCCAAUGCGUUGAUUUCACACAAAGAACACCCAAUUAAUCAUUAG